AUGUCUUCAUCCACCUCUGGCAGCUCUUCCGACUCAGAGCAGCGUAUAUCUGCACCCGAUCAACCUCGAAAAAGGAAACGUCUCUCUGAAGACGAAGAUGAUCACGACUCCGAUAGUCAGAGCGAAUCCGACGAUUCGGAUAGCUCUCAUGAUACUGAACCCGACGCCGAAGAGGAGGAGCCCGUUCUCUCUCGUGCCGAAAGGCGCAGACAGAAGAAAAAGGAAGAGCGCGCCGCAAAGAAGUCUGCUACCGUAGCUAAUGGUGACGGCAGCAAGAAGGGGAAAGAGAAGGUGCAGAACACGGCCGACCUCCCUCCCUCCAAAGUGUCUAAACGCCAGAACUCGGUGUGGGUCGGCAACCUCUCGUUCAAAACCACGCCUGCGUUAUUGCGGAGCUUCUUCGAGGGAGUCGGGGAGAUCACUCGAAUACACAUGCCUACGAAGAUGGCGCAUGGUGGACCGGAUGGCAAGCCGCGGAAGGAGAACCGAGGUUUUGCGUAUGUGGACUUUGCAACGCCUGACGCGAAGGCCGUUGCAAUCACCAUGUCUGAAAAGCCUCUAGAGGGAAGACGCUUGCUCAUCAAAGACGGUGACGACUUCGCCGGUCGUCCUGCGACCGCGGCUACGGAUGGUGCAGAGGCACCAGGGGGAGCGAAAACCACCGGACUCACCAAAACUGCGCAAAAGAUACUGAGCGUCCAGAAACAGCCACCAGGGCCGACGCUCUUUCUUGGUAACCUCGGGUUCGACACGACAGAGGACUCCAUCCGUGAGCUCCUGGUGUCUCACCGGGCCACAGACCCCCUGGCGGAAGACAAGUGGAUUCGUAAGAUCCGUCUUGGUACUUUCGAGGAUAGCGGAAAGUGCAAAGGAUGGGCUUUUGUCGACUUCACGGCUACUGAGCACGCGACUUCGGCCUUGACAAAUCCCAGGAAUCAUCACCUCAACGGGCGGAAGCUCGUCGUUGAAUACGCUUCGCCCGAAGCUGUCCGUCGGGGCGGUGGAGGUGCCCCUCGAGAGAAGAAGCCGAAGGAAGUGGGACAAGGAAUGAAGCGGGAGCGUCCAGCCCGAAAGACCAAGGACGACACCGAAAAGGAAGUAGGGGGCAAGGAGGCCGAGCGUCCGAUGAAGAAGCGACGCUCCGAGGGAGGAGAGGAGGGUAAGCCUAGGGGCAAAGAGCGCAGAGUCGCGCGAUCAAAGCCCGGUGCAGCCCUCGCGAUGGCGAAACGUGAAGACCCUUCUAUCGUACCCAGUCAAGGGAAGAAGAUCGUAUUCUAGUACACAUCCCUGCGGCCCAUCUGCGGUGUUGCUUCACGUACUUGCCUGUUUGAUCCAACGACGUCUUCUCCGCCUGCAUCCCCGCCAAACCUGUGAGUGGGCAUGGUAUGU